AUGCUCGCCGGGCCGCAGAAGCAGCCGAAGACGAAUGGAACGAUCGGGUGAAGCGUAUCUCCGCGUCAUCGCACUGUGUGAUGUUGGGUGUGGUGGGGGUGUUGCUGGUGGCUCUGUUUGUGGGCAUGUACUACAGCAAUGCAUCUCAGACACGUGCCAGAAUGCGUGUGCGAGUGGAGGCUGCCAUUAAGGCCCUGCGGGAGGAGCUGCGGCACGUGACCAGCGG